GGGCCCGGCCAUGUGAUGCCGGGGCCGGGAGGUGGGCAGGCGGGGAUCCAGUGGCAGCCGGCAGGCGCGGCGGGAGCGGGGGCGGCCCGAGCUGCGGGCGCAGCCAGCCGGCUCCGGGAGCGCGCCCGCGGCUCCGCCCCCUCCGCGUUGGCCCCAGCCUCGCGGCCGCCGGGCGUUGGCAGCUUAGGGGAGAGCCUUCCCGGCUCCGGGCGGCGGCGGCGGCGGCGGGGGGCCGGGGCGCGUUCCGGACGCCCUCGGGCAGGGCGCGGGGUGCAGCGCCUCGCCGGGGUUCCGGAGGCUGUGGGGGCCCUAGCUCCAGAUGCAGAAGCCAUGGAGUUGAGCUGCAGUGAAGUACCUCUUUAUGGGCAGAUGACCAUCUAUGCAAAGUUUGGCAAAAAUGUUUAUCUUCCUAAAGAUGCCGAAUUUUACUUUAUUUACAAUGGAUCUCAUCAGAGACACAUCGUGAUUGCUGAACGCGCUGAGGAUAAUAUUCUCCAAUCCAGCAUUCCAGGCCAUGGACUUCAGGAGACGGUGACGGUAUCUGUGUGCCUCUGCUCAGAAGGUUACUCCCCAGUGACCAUGGCCUCCGGCUCAGUGACCUACGUGGACAACAUGGCUUGCCGGCUGGCUCGUUUGCUGGUCACUCAAGCUGAUCGCCUCACCACUGAUAGUCAUCAGACCUUGCUGACUCCAUUUGCCCUGACGGUGGGAGCCCUGCCUGCGUUGGACGAGGAGCUCGUGCUGGCUCUGACCCAUCUGGAGUUGCCUCUUGAGUGGACUGUCUUGGGAAAUUCUUCACUUGAAGUUUCUUUAUGCAGAGAGUCUCUUCUACACCUGGCUAUGAGAUGGGGCUUACCUAAGCUCUCUCAUUUCCUGUUGUGCCUCCCUGGGGGAGUUCAGGCUUUGUCUUUACCCAACAAAGAAGGUGCCACACCAUUAGAAUUAGCUUUACGAGCCGGUCACUCCAAGCUGGUUGAAGACAUCACAAAUUUCCAGGGCAGACAUUCUCCAGGCUUCUCCCGAGUGCAGCUCAGCGAACAAGCUUUCCUGAAGUAUAUUCACUCAUCAGAGACACUGACCCUGACGCUGAACCACAUAGCCGAGCAUUUGUUGGAGGCAGAUAUUAAACUCUUCAGGAAAUACUUUUGGGACAGAGCCUUUCUUCUCAAGGUUCUUGAAGAUCAAGAAGCCAGGCCAGAGGAAAGACAAGACAUGCCAUCCAGUGCUGCAGAAACUGAAGAAGAGAUUAAGAAUUUGGUGACCAGCGGAUCAUCACCUGAAAAGGAGGAUGUAAAGUGUGUGGAAAACUUGGUGGUUCAACCGAAUGACCACGAAGACCGGGACAGUCUAGAUUCGGAUCACUCUUUUGAUGUCUUCAAAAAAUCCAAGCAUUCCCCAACAUUCUUUGCUGCAGGCCGACUCUCUGGUGUGCUGAAUGGCGGUGAUGAAGUUUAUGCUAACUGUAUGGUGAUAGAUCAGGUUGGUGAUUUGGAUAUUAAUUACAUUAAUAUAGAAGGAAUCACUACAAACACCUGCCCUGAAUCCAUGGGUUCUACUCUGGGGCCUCAGAACUGCAAGCAUAUCAUUGCUGCCGAAACCAGCCAUGGAAAAUACCCACUAAGUGAGAACAAGGAAGUGACCUCAAAUACUGAAGCUCAGCAGUCCUUCCCAUCACCAUCUAGUUCAUAUGCUUCCAAUUUUAAUCUUUCCUUUGGUCAUCAUGGAUUUGAAAAGGAACAAAGUCAUCUGAAGAAAAGAAGUUCUAGCCUCGAUGCCCUGGAUGCCGACAGUGAAGGGGAAGGACAUUCCGAGCAGUCACACAUUUGCUACACUCCAGUGUCUCAGAGUUCCUCAAGAACUGGGAUUCCUAGUGGGGAUGAAUUGGACUCUCUUGAGACCACCACUGAACCAGAUUUUAGUAUCUCCAGGACAGAGUCCCUUUCUUUAUCAAGUAACCUGCAGUUGAAGGAAUCCUUGCUUUCUGGAGUCCGCUCACGUUCUUACUCCUGCUCAUCACCCAAAAUUUCUUUAGGAAAAACUCGGUUGGUGCGUGAUUUUACAGUGUGCCAUUCUAGUGAAGAGCAAAGAGCUUACAGCUUACCGGAGCCACCAAGAGAAAAAAGAAUUCAGGAAGAAGAAUGGGAUAAAUACAUUAUACCUGCCAAGUCAGAGUCUGAAAAAUACAAAGUGAGCCGAACUUUCAGCUUCCUCAUGAAUAGGAUGACAAGCCCUCGGAAUAAAUCUAAGACAAAAAGCAAGGAUGCCAAAGACAAAGAGAAACUGAGCCGCCAUCAGUUUGUCCCUGGAACAUUCUCUGGGGUUCUACAGUGUUCGGUUUGUGAUAAAACGCUCCUGGGGAAGGAGUCAUUCCAGUGUUCCAACUGUAAUGCAAACGUACACAAGGGUUGUAAGGACGCUGCCCCUCCGUGUACCAAGAAAUUCCAAGAGAAAUACAACAAGAACAAACCGCAGACCAUCCUUGGAAACUCUUCAUUUCGAGACAUCCCACAACCUGGUCUCUCGUUGCACCCUUCUUCCUCCAUGCCCAUUGGAUUGCCCAUCGGGAGAAAAGAAGCUUCGGCACAGGCCCAUCCUUUGUCUAGAAGUGUUCCAGGCACUGCCUUGGAAAGCUUCAGAAGGUCGGGGCCAACCCUGGAGUCUGAGAGUGAUGGGAACACCUGGAGAAGCAGGUCUCAUUCCGAUGAGCUGCUACAGUCCAUGGGCUCUUCUCCCUCCACGGAGUCCUUCUUAAUGGAAGAUGUCGUGGAUUCUUCUCUGUGGAGUGACCUCAGCAGUGACGCCCAGGAGCUGGAAGCAGAAUCUUGGAGUCUGGUGGUGGAUCCCUCAUUUUGCAGUAAGCAGGAGAAAGAUGUCAUCAAAAGACAAGAUGUCAUUUUUGAGCUGAUGCAAACAGAGAUGCAUCAUAUCCAGACCCUGCUCAUCAUGUCUGAGAUCUUCAGGAAAGGAAUGAAGGAGGAGCUGCAGCUUGAUCACAGCACCGUGGAUAAAAUCUUCCCCUGCUUAGAUGAGUUACUUGAAAUCCAUAGGCAUUUCUUUUAUAAUAUGAAGGAGCGAAGGCAGGAGUCCUGUGCUGGUGAUGACAGGAAUUUCGUCAUCAACCGAAUUGGAGAUAUUCUAGUGCAGCAGUUUUCAGAAGAAAAUGCAAAUCAAAUGAAGAAAAUAUAUGGAGAAUUCUGUAGCCAUCACAAAGAAGCUGUUAACCUCUUUAAAGAACUCCAGCAAAAUAAAAAGUUUCAGAAUUUUAUUAAGCUUCGAAAUAAUAAUCUUUUGGCUCGACGCCGAGGAAUUCCAGAAUGCAUUCUGCUAGUCACUCAGCGCAUCACAAAAUACCCUGUCCUGGUGGAAAGGAUUUUGCAGUACACAAAGGAAAGAAGUGAAGAACAUAAAGACUUGUGCAAAGCUCUGUGCUUAAUUAAAGACAUGAUUGCAGCAGUGGAUUUAAAAGUCAACGAGUAUGAGAAAAAUCAAAAAUGGCUUGAGAUCCUAAAUAAGAUCGAAAACAAAACCUACACAAAGCUCAAAAAUGGCCAUGUGUUUAGGAAGCAAGCACUGAUAAGUAAAGAAAGGACUCUCUUACAUGAUGGCCUUGUUUACUGGAAAACUGCUACGGGUCGAUUCAAAGAUAUCCUGGCUCUACUUCUAACUGAUGUGCUGCUCUUUUUACAAGAAAAAGACCAGAAAUACAUCUUUGCUGCUGUUGAUCAGAAGCCAUCGGUUAUUUCUCUUCAGAAGCUUAUUGCUAGAGAAGUUGCUAAUGAGGAAAGAGGCAUGUUUCUGAUCAGUGCUUCAUCUGCUGGUCCUGAGAUGUAUGAAAUUCAUACCAACUCCAAGGAGGAACGAAAUAACUGGAUGAGACGAAUCCAACAGGCAGUAGAAAGUUGCCCAGAAGAAGAAGGGGGAAGGACAAGCGAAUCUGAUGAAGAGAGGCGGAAAGCUGAAGCAAGAGUGGCCAAAAUUCAGCAAUGUCAAGAAAUACUCAGUAACCAAGACCAACAAAUUUGCACAUAUUUGGAGGAGAAGCUGCAUAUCUAUGCUGAACUUGGAGAAUUGAGUGGAUUUGAGGAUGUCCAUCUAGAGCCCCACCUCCUCAUUAAACCUGACCCAGGAGAGCCUCCCCAGGCAGCCUCAUUACUAGCAGCAGCACUGAAAGAAGCCGAGAGCCUCCAAGUUGCAGUGAAGGCCUCACAAAUGGGCGAUGCCUGUCAGUCAUCCGGGGAAGGUUCUGGAGAAUCUGCCUUGACGGAUAUGCAGAGUGCCCCCGGAGAGCCAGGAUCCUCUCCAGCUUAGAAUUCUGGAGAUCUGAAACUGAAUAAGGAACAGAGGAACCUGAUUACUUGGCUCACCAUCAGCUUCUUCGCCCAUUUGAUGGUCCUUAUUGCCAUGGAGUCGGGAGGAAGGAGAGGGAGAGAAUGGCUAAUUCUUUGGUAAUGCCUUGGGUAUCUCUCUAAGAAGUGAGUAUAAUGCCCAGUAGUGAAACCAUUUUUUGAGUGGCAGAUAAAUUUCGAUAAAAUGUCCCUUCACUAUGAGUGAAAAGCAUUUGACCGCCUUGGGCAAAAUGAACUUAAUUUUUAGCUGAUAUAAUUUGAAGCGGUUUCCACUUAAACAAAAAAUUCUUUGUAAUAGAAGUAGCUUUUGGAGUCCUAGAGGACUUCCAUUUAAGAAGGAGAAAAAGUAUUUCCUCUAUCAGUAAUAAAGUUUCAAGAUGGCACUGUGUGUCACAAAGUGAAUAGUUCACCAGGGCCCCAUUUGGACAUGGUUCCAAUGUAAGUCUGUGUGUGUGAAAGUCUAGUUUAAGUCAGCGUAAGGUGAGCAUAGUAUAAGUUUUAACUGAGUUCACAUGGGCAAAGAAAUAAAAUCGCACCAGCAGAGAUUUAAUGGAUGGAGUGAAAUCUGUGUUUCUUUUUUUUUUUUUAAAGAUUUUAUUUACUUAUUUGAGAGAGAGAGAAUUAGAGAGAGAGAGCACAUGAGGGGGGGAGGGUCAGAGAGCGAAGCAGACUCCCCGCUGAGCAGGGAGCCCGAUGCGGGACUCGAUCCCGGGACUCCAGGAUCAUGACCUGAGCCGAAGGCAGUCGCUUAACCAACUGAGCCACCCAGGAGCCCCAAUCUGUGUUUCUUAAAAAUAUAUCUGGAUUUAGAAAUAUUUCUGUGUUUCAUAGGUUAAAUAUACAGUAUUUACAGUUGUGAGUCUAGAGUAUAAGCAAGUAUUGUGAGAAAAAAAAAAACACUUGGAAAUCGUUUUUAAAAAGUUAUUUGGAGACAGGGACGGGUUCCUCUUUGUACAGCUGUGAGCUCAUGAAGUACUAGCCAUCUUGACCCUGCUUAGAAAGAUGUCUCCCUCCCGUUGUUGGAUUCCUCCUCGUAAACCUUGUUUAUGGUCUGCUGCCCUUACAUUGGCCACCAAGGAGCCUAUCACCGAGCUGUCUGCUCAGACCUGGGUCGACCAGCCCCUGCUUUCGUUGUACAGUGCCUCUUUUCAAUUUCCUUCUUGGCAGUGGCUUUUUCCUAGUAAGCGCAAGUGAGAUGUAGAACCCACCCUCUCGGUAUCGCCAACAUCACAUGAGCACCUCUCUGCGGGAAAGAAAACUUAAAAGAUGGGUGGUAAUUGACGCCAUUUGUCAGUUUGGUAUCUCUUAGCAUGUAAGCUCCCUGAGGGCAGGGACUCUGUGCUUUGCACUGUUUUGGCCCCUCGAAUGAGGGUAUGUAAUACGUGUGUUUUUGUGUUUCUUAUUUUGAAAUACCUGUCAGCUGUGUACACGAGAACCCCGUGCGCUGGCUGAUGUUUGAUGAUGUCCUUUCUGUUUCUGUCUCA